UAGUAACAAUUGCCAAACAAUAUGUUCUUGUGUUGUGCAUGUUCACAUCAGAUGCAUAUAAUGCAAGUAUUUCUGAAACAAUCAUUGUUAAAUAAUGUAUACUUUAAAAUUGAUAAUGAUAGGACCAAUUAAUAGCGGAAAGACCACAAUAGCGAAUUUUCUAGCAGAUGCUACAGAAAUUCCGUAUGACUAUCGUCCAACUCAAGGUGUUCGAAUAUUGGAAUUUGAUAUAAAUGACAUCGAAAUAAAUAAUGAACGUACUUCGAGGGACAUCGAAUUAUGGGAUUGCAGUGGAGAUCACAAAUUCAAAAACUGCUGGCCAGCUAUACGUAAAGGCGUACAUGGUGUGAUACUCGUAUAUAGUGCAAAAAUGCAGGAUUCUUCGAAACAGUUGAAAGAAUUUUAUGAUUAUUUUGUUAGUGGAGCUAAACUGGGACCAAACAAUUGUGUAAUAUUCUUCUUUGAUUCUGAUAAUGCUACAUCAAGUGCAUCAAAAAUUAUUUCAUCUAGCUUCCCUAAUGUCUCUCAUGUCAAAUGUAACGUGGAUGAUGGUGGGGAUAAAUUAAAAACUGACUUUCAGUUGUUUCUAAGUACCUUAAUGACAAAACUGCAAGAAAACAAACAAGAGAAAUUGAUAUUGAGUGACAAUAUAUUAUUUGCUAAAUAAUAUAUAUUCAUCUCUUAUGGCAAUUAUGUAAAUAAUGAAGAACUUUCUCCUUUAUGAUAUUAAGAUCUA